AUGGCGGGCGGCCACUGCCUCAGUGUUUAUAUAACAGGGAUUCUGCCAUCUUUGAUCAUCUGGGAGCUCUGGAAGGAAAGAAACAACAGAAGGCACGGGGAAAAGAGGCGGACAGCUAGCUCCAUAAUUGAAUGCAUCAAAACUUGGGUGAGGGAACUACCCUUUCCUGCCAAGGUAGGCACUCACGGGUCCGUUAGGGAUGGAUUAUUAUUGCAGUGUUUUGGUUUUUCGGCUCCCUCCCCCAGGAGGAAACGCCCUAUCCCAGUAUACAGGUGCCCCCCUUUUGUCUCAGUUAAGCUGAAUGUGGAUGGUGCGUGUCGUGGUAAUCCUGACCUGGGCGGCGGGGGAGGGAUCAUUAGGGAUCGACAAGGGGAAGUUCUGGUUGCUUUCUCUAACUUUUAUGGCCCUUGCACUAAUUCACUAGCAAAGCUAAGGGCACUGAGGGAUGGAUUGAAAUUAUGCAAGGUGAUGGGCCUUAUGGAUGAGGUGGUUAAUUAUGAUUUAGAGGCAACUGUCAAGGUUGUUAGUCUGAAGAGGUGCAGUUUGUGGGGAGGAUGGUACUAUUUCAAGGAGAUUUUGGAGUUAGUGGCUUCCAUGCGGGCUCACGUGUCCUUUGCAUUCUGGGAGAGCAAUUGGGCGGCAGACUGGUUGACCAGUCUUUCUUGUGAUACUGAGACAUCUGCCAGGUUUCAGCCUGGGAGCAUGCCUUUGGGACCCCUUCAAGGCAUUCUUCGUGAGAAUAAGGCAGGUUUGCCUGUCCUACGAAGCUAA